UGUUUAUUUUUUGAAGCAAAUCUUUCUAGAAUUCUGUAGCAGUCUGGUUAGCACUGCUUUCCUGUUUGUGUUUAUUACAUCAGAAACGUAGUUAUUACAUUGCAGUUGAGCUUUUUUUUUUUUUUUAAGUAUAUGCAUUUUGGGUUGACUCCGUUUGUCCGAGUUAGCGGAGCUGAGCAUCUUCCGAGCUAGCUAGCGUGCAUUGGGUUCUUGUAGCAUAAUGUCGAAGAUCGACUACAGCGUGUGGGACCACAUUGAAGUGUCAGAUGACGAAGAUGACACUCAUCCAAACAUCGACACACCCAGCCUCUUCAGGUGGAGACAUCAGGCACGUGUUGAGCGAAUGGAGCAAUUUAAGAAAAAGGGUGAUGAAAUAGAAAAGGUACUGGGUGAAUGUCGGCGGAAGCUCUCAGAAGCACGUAAGAAAGUACAAGAGAUGACCAUUACGACGACGGAUGAUGCCAAAGCAGAGCUAAGCAAAGCCCAAGCUGAGGAGAAGAAACUGAAGAAAGAGGAGAGGGAGUGGGAGAAGAAGCUGGAAGAACACCAGCAUGAUGAGAAGAGGCAGGCGUGGAACGUGGACACACUGAGCCACGAUGGCUUCAGCAAGAGCAUUGUUAACAUCAAACAUGAAUCCCACGAAGUGACGGAAGAAGAGAAGGAGCAAAAGCAUAAAACUUUUGUGGAGAAAUAUGAGAAGCAAAUGAAGCAUUUUGGCAUGCUGCGACGUUGGGAUGACAGCCAGAAGUAUCUUUCUGACCACUCUCACCUUGUUUGUGAAGAGACGGCCAAUUACCUCGUUAUCAUGUGCAUUGACCUGGAAGUUGAGGAGAAACAUGCUCUCAUGCAGCAAGUGGCUCAUCAGACCAUUGUCAUGCAGUUCAUUCUGGAAUUGGCCAAAAGCCUCAAAGUCGAUCCCCGAGGUUGCUUUCGUCAGUUCUUUGCCAAGAUUAAGACGGCAGACCAGCAGUACCAGGAUGCUUUCAAUGAUGAGCUGGAGUCUUUUAAGGAAAGGGUUCGAGGCAGGGCAAAGAUCCGCAUAGAAAAAGCCAUGAAAGAGUAUGAGGAAGAAGAAAGACAAAAGCGACUGGGACCUGGAGGGCUUGACCCGGUUGAUGUGUACGAGUCCUUGCCGGCUGAGAUGCAGAAGUGCUUUGAUGAGAAGGACAUCCAAAUGUUGCAAGAUGUUAUCAGCAAGAUGGAUCCAACGGAGGCAAAGGCUCACAUGAAGCGAUGCAUAGACUCAGGGCUCUGGGUGCCCAACUCCAAGACAGACGAUGGGGAGGACAAAGAGGAGGAAGCAGCCUAUGAGGAGGUGAAAGUGGAGCAGGAGGAAACGAAAACAGAAUGAAAGCGUAAUUUUUCUGUGCAAAUUCAGCUAAUCAACUUGCCCACUGUUUUCUCCAGUUUGUGUAUGACUAGCUUGACAGUCAAGGAAUAAUGAAAUAACUUGUCACAUAGAUUUAAUUUGGCUUGCAGGGAUGUGUUGUAGUGUUCACCUAACUGCAUGACGUGUUUUUUUUUUUUUUUUCCUGGGGGGGGCUUCUUUGUGUUAUGCUUACACAUCUGUCUCGCUUGAUGUAUUGGAAUGUCAACCCAUUUGAUUUAUCUUAUUAGAAAGUUUGGAAAACUGUCUAAUUUAGGUUAUGUUCAGAAUUUUUAAUGUUUAAGUCAACCCCGUAAAGACUUUUGGUCUAGGUUUAGGGCUUGAGCAAAUAAUGUAGGCAAUUAAUUUCAAAAAGUGGGCUAGGCCUUUCUGACAAAAUUAAAGUUUUAGUUGUAUCCAGCUACAACGAAACCAGUAUAUCCUCAUCUGACAACCUGAGGCUUCAAGCAAAAGUUUGCUGCUUUCUCUUCUUCUCUUUUUGGUGGGGGGUGAAUUAUUUUGUAUUUACAAAUGGCUUUUGAUCUCUGUAGUGAUUCACUGUUAAAUAAAUGGCUUUGUAAAAUCC